AUGGUGAACACCAGGCGUGGCAACAACAACAACGUCAACGACAACGUCAAUGACAACGCCAACAACAACGCCACCAACCAGCGCGAUCUUCCACCCCCGCCCCCUCUGAUGGAUGCUAAUCAACCACCCACCCUCUCUCAAGCAGUUGAGCCCAUGGAGGCUGAUGACUGGCUGAAGACAAUAGAGAGCAAGCUGCAGAUAGCUCGGUGCAUUGGAAGGGAGAAAGUUCUUUUCGCAUCUCAUCAACUGAUUGGUCCAGCUCAAGAAUGGUGUAUAGCUGACACUGCCGCCCACGAGGAUCCCCUGGAGAUCACUUGGGCAGAGUUUCGGGAUAGCUUUCGUACACACAAUGUCCCCGUAGGUGAAGUGAAGCUGAAGAGGAAGGAGUUCCUCAAUCUGAAGAAAAGACCCAUGUCAGUAAGGGAAUACCUCACCAAGUUUACCCAGUUCUCCCGUUAG